AUGUCGUCCGCAGGGGAAACAGUCGAGGACUCGAGCGGCGCUGCUGCUGUUGGAACUUCCUUGACUGACCUGCUGCCUCUUCCGACUACGACACAACCGGUUAGCGAGCCUGAGAAGCAAGAGGCUGCGAACAGUUUAGCCGAAGAGCCCACGCUUUCUCACGCGCUUGCCAUGGACGAUCACGAUGAGAAGGGUCUCGCCCAGCAGUAUCACGAUGACGAGGUCGUCGACUUGGGUUGGAACGAGCAGAAGAACCACAUCGCUGCUCCCCUGGUCGGCGGCAUGAACAAUGACGACUUGUGGCUCCUGAUCAGACGAUUCAACAAGCAAAUCUAUCAUGUCAGAGAGGUUCAGAAUGCGGUACCGGGCAACUUGGAUCUCAACGUGGCCGAUGAGGAGGAAUUCUCUCCAGACAAGUUACGCGCAACUGUCGAGAGGUUCUACAUGACUGUCAUCAUCGGACUUCUAGCUGCCGUUAAGCACGUGGCUCGGCUCCGUUCGUGGCGCGAGAGUCGCCGGACCGCCGGCUUUUGCACUGCAUACUUCGUAGCAUGGAUAUUGGACCUCAUUACCCCUCUGGCUGCGCUGACAUUGAUUACCUUGAUCGUCUACCCACCCUCACGAGGCUUCCUCUUCCCACCUGCGCCUAUUGCACUGGUGGACAGCAAGUCGGGCGGAAUGCAGAAGCCCAAGGCUGGCGUUCUUGGAAGCCACGACAGUGCAACCGGUGCACCAGAGAACCAUAAGGGCGAAGCUGUCGAGAAGGAGGCCAAAAACUUCUUUAACGGUUUCACCUCUGUAGUCAUUACAAGCGCCACAGGCAAGCACCCACAAGCUGACCCCGAGACUCCUAUCGGCGGCUCUCCGGAUGAUGCUGUUCCUGAUCCCACGGGUCUCGCUGUGUCAGCUGCAGAAGCCAAAGAUGCCGCUGCGGGCGGGCAACCAGGGUCGAAGCACGACAAGACCAAGGUGCCCAUGGAGAACAUGAUAUGGAACAAGAUGCGCCCUAUCAUGCAUGGAAUUACUGAUGUUGCCGAUACCUAUGAACGUUUCGCAAACGCUCUGUCGCCGACUGCUCCAUUUCCACAGGAUCUGUACAGACUCAGACUGGCCGGCCUGGUCGUACCCCUGCUAUUGGUUUCCUUCUUCGUGAGCUCGUACAUGUUCAUGAAAGGUGUCACAUUCGGGGCAGGGUUUGGUUUCUUUGGAGACCCCGUCAUCACCAGGGGUCUGGAGUGGCUCAAUCGACGGUAUCCCGCGUGGCAGAAAUUACUAGAGAUGCGCAACACAGUUCUCAAGGGCGUCCCGACCAAUGCGCAGCUCACCAUCACACUGCUCCGGAUAGGCGAGGCGAACAAAGCUCCCCUCCCACCGCCACCUCAUAUCAAAGAGCCUCCACCAGAGCGACCUGCUGAAAUAACAGAUUCAGAGCUGAGAGCCACAGGGGCAGAGGCACCACUCAACGCCACCGAGGAGGAAUUGGAGGCCGCGAUGGAACAUGACCCACGUACUGCGCACGAAACUGAUGGCCCGGAUAUUGAUGCCGCCAAAGGGACGAAACACGGCAGGAAAACCAGCAAGAUUAUGGGACUCUUCAAGGGAUCCGCGAAGGGAGCAGUGAAGGCUGUUAUUACUGGCGACGCAGCACGCGCAAAGAUCGGCUCCCACCACGCUCGUAACCGUCUCGGUGCCACGCUGCGAGUGAAAGAAGACCUUGUUUCUGGCCCUGUUGACUUCAAGGCCCGGUACAAGGGACACAAGGGCAAUGUUUACAUCACAACCAAGUCCACCAUCCCCGCUGUGGCAUUUAGCACGGAUGCAACCAUAGAGAAGAUUGGCAGCGAUGAUCGCGAGGACCUUCACCCUCAAUGGACGGUUGCUAUUGGUGAUAUUAGAGACCUGAAGAAGAUAGGUGGUUUUGGCUGGAAGGCCAAGAUGGUAGUGGGCUGGACACUUGGUAGAGAGGUCGCGGACGGCCUUGAGAUCACAGAUAGGACGGGGACUGUGAGGCGCAUAACGGCGGUGCCGCUGCGGGAUGAACUGUUCAAUCGUCUCAUAGCCAUUGGGGGUCAGAAGUGGGAAGCCUGGUGA